UGCCCGACCUGCCAUGGGCCCCAACCUGCUACUGCUGUUGCUCCUGGGACUGGCAGGCCAGGGCUCAGCAGGCACCUUCCCGGAGGUGCUGCAGGCCCCUGUGGGGGGCUCCAUUCUGGUGCAGUGCCACUAUGGGCUCCAGGACAUCAAGGCUCGGAAGGUGUGGUGCCGGGUCUUGCCAGAGGGGUGCCAGACCUUGGUGUCCUCGGCUGUGGAUCGCAGAGCCUCCGGGAGCGAGCGCAUGUUUCUCACCGACCUGGGGGGCGGCCUGCUCCAGGUGGAAAUGAUUACCCUGCGGAAGGAGGAUGCCGGCGAGUAUGGCUGCGUGGUGGAGGGGGCCACGGGGCCCCAGACGGUGCACAGAGUCGCUUUGGAUGUGCUCCCUCCAGCUCCUAGCCUGAAAGAGGAGGAGACCUAUAAGGUUGGGAGUCUGGCUGAUGGCCCCUCCUCAGACACUGUGGAUAGUGCCAGCCCUUUGGAACCCAGCCAGGAUAAGAGCAUCCCCUUGAUCUGGGGCGCCGUGCUCCUGCUGAGCCUGCUGGUGGCGGCAGUGGUGCUGUUUGCUGUGAUGGCCAAGAGGAAAGGGAACAGGCUUGGUGUCCGUGGCCAACCUCAGAGCAGUGGCAUUCCAGGCAUGGCCACCUCCUCAGUGGUCCACCAUAUCAGCGACUCUGGACUGGGACUUGAUUUGCCAUCGGACAUUCCAUAUGCUAGGCUCGACUCACCACCUUCCUUUGACAAUACCACCUACAGCGUACCUCUUGAUCCCCCAUCAGAGAAAUCCCCACCCCCAGCCCAAUCCUCAUCGCCCCCUCUGCCUCCUAAGGUCCUAACGUGCUCCAAGCCUGUGACAUAUGCCACAGUCAUCUUCCCUGGAAGGGGCAAGGUUGGAGGGGCCUCCCGUGAGCCAGCCCAGGAUCCACUGAAUGGCCAAAUGCCACCCAGCUAAGCCGUCCAUCAUACCGUACACUCACGGAGACCAUCCCCAGAACUCUGUGCAUCCAUCCAGCCAGCCCAUGCCCUAGACCCUUAUGAUAUCAGAGCAGCUAGGGACUUUAGGUUCUAAUCUAACAUCUUGCAUUUCUGACCUGGAAAGUGAGACUUAAAUGUGACUGAGGUGUCUUGGGAGUCCCCCAUGCUUGUUCCUCUGCCAUUUUACUACUGAGCUAAAUAAACUCUGAUUGGUAA